AUGAGCGCAAAGAACCCUCAAGAUGAGGAAGAUCAUUCUUUCUUGGAAGAGUUCCAGUACGAGACCAAUAAAAAACAGCCUAAACCUCGUCGCUGGCAAUGGCUGAGAAGCUCUGCCCUACCUUGGACUCUGGUCACUAUCUUGUGCAUCUACACAGCGACCUCGAGAAUCCUGCCUUCGUUCUCAACCCAUGACUUGUGGACCUCUACAGAUUUCUUUCCCGCAAGAAAGUCGAUAGUCUUGACCGAAGUCAGAUUUUCCAGUAGUCUUGACUGGCUGGACGAGGAGCGCAUUGUCAGGAUAUCAGAUCCGCUGCAGCCCGUCUACAUAGGCAACGACACGGGAAAUAUUGAUCGUGAAUGGCACAAAAUCAUAUACCCUGCGGACUUGCCGCUAAGUGACGAGGAAACGAAAUAUGUGGGAGGAAAAUUGCAACGUAAUCCUGUGUCGGGAAAAUUUACAAUCGAGCUGGAAGUUUUUCACAGUCUUCACUGCCUGAACAUGGUGCGGAAACGCGUCUACUCAGAAUUAUAUCCAGAAAUGUUGACAGACAAUGCCAGGAUCCACGUUGAUCAUUGUAUCGAGUCCCUGAGAGAGUUGAUCAUGUGCGAGGGGAAUAUGACUCCUAUUCCACUGGAAUGGUCAGAGAAAGGGAAGAGAAUGAACCCGAAUUAUUCCACGACGCAUUCGUGCCGAAAUUUUAACAUGUUGAAAGAUUAUGCUGUCGAGAGAAGUCAAAGUGGAGCAUAG